AUGUUCGGUCUGGGAUACUGCUCUCCAUCUCCAGAGACAUUCAUGGGACGAAGUAGAAGUAGACAUAGUAGGGUGGCUGUUGAAGAAGAGAAAGACAAUGCAGAUUUUCAUCGAAACUUCCGCACGUUUCUAAAAUAUUCACAAAUAUCGCAAUUUCAGAAGCCAUCAUCAAUUGACUAG